AUGUUUUCGGAGUCGUUGGGUGGGCUUGUGGUUUUGAGUCAAGUCCCCCUGGAUCCGUGGAAGAAAUCCGACCCCGCAGUGUCGCGACUUUCGAGAGGAACUGAGUAUAUGGUCGCUGGUUCAAAAGUUCGAUCGUCAAAGCCACCACCGAUCUGCGACUGUUCACAUGUAUCCGGACAACUUCAUUCGCACGUAGUCGGUUCGCAAGUGACCAGCCGACGCUGUUCACCGUACAUCGACUUUCCGCAGGUAAACGGAUACCGGCCACCUCACGUUGGCUGUCCAAAGGUAACAGGAUACCGUCCAUCAGCGUCGACGAAUUGUCCACCCCGACGCACUAUGCCUCAGUGCAUGAAAUUCCGGACGCAGCCGCUAUGUACCACGGGCCGGACUACGCUGCCUCCGUGCACCACAUGCCGGACUACACUGGCUCCUUGUACCACGUGCAAGACUACCCCGCCUCUUUGUACCACUUGCCGGUCUUUACCACCAUGUACCACGUGCUGGACUACGCUGCCUCCAUGCACCAUAUACCGGACUACACUGGCUCCUUGUACCACGUGCAAGACUACCCCGCCUCUUUGUACCACUUGCCGGUCUUUACCACCAUGUACCACGUGCUGGACUACGCUGCCUCCAUGCACCACAUGCCGGACUACACUGGCUCCUUGUACCACGUGCAAGACUACCCCUCCUCUUUGUACUACUUGCCGGACUUUACCACCAUGUACCACGUGCAGGACGUCACCUCCAUGUAUGGAAUGCCGGACGACCAAACCUCCGCCGGUUUUGGUCGUACGUGUUGAAAUUGAACUAGCCACGUUAGGCUUGCCUAACCUAACCUAA